AUGGCGCACGGUGAAACUUUCAAAUACAAUUAUGCGAUUAUUUGUCGUAUUCCGUCAAGUUUUCCUUAUAAAUGUAUCAAACCGGAUAACAAGAAGCCGAUAGAUUUGGAGCGAGCAAGGACCGAGUAUGACCAUUUGCGAGAAAUUCUUAAAAACUGCGAUGUGAACGUGAUCGAGUUGCAAGAAGAUGAAAACUACCCUGAUUGUUGUUUUGUAGAAGAUUGUGCUGUUUGUAUCGGAGGCACUGCCUUAAUCGCCCGACCUGGACACACCAGUAGACAAGGAGAGGUUGGAGAAAUUCGUAAAGUUUUAAAACAUGACUUAAAGCUGAGUGUGCAAGAAAUUAAAGAAGCUAAAGCCACGUUAGAUGGAGGUGAUGUUUUAUUCACAGGUAAAGAAAUAUUCGUGGGUUAUGGAAAAAGGAGUAAUUUUUUGGGAGCUCAGGCUGUGGUGGAAGCAUUCAGUGAUUAUAGAGUGAACGCUAUCAAUAUAACUAAAUGUAAAUCAUUCUUACAUCUUAAAGAUGUGGUCAAUAUGGCCGGGAGAAACAUCCUAGCUGUUGGUGGAGGAGAUGCUGAGGAGACAGCUGAUGCUAACUAUGUUUUAAGGGAGAUGCAGAAUUUAUCAGACUGUUCUUACAAGAUACUUCACCUUGACAACCGUCUGGGAGUAGAUAUGUUAUAUAUUAAUGGACGUCUGAUUCACAGAACAAGAGAGGAAAUGGGAGAGAAGAAUUAUGGAAACUGUAACUUAAGAUUAUUGAUAUUCCAUGAAUCAUCUUAA